AUGUCAUGCUACGGUGGAACCGGCGGUGGUCAGAACUCCGAUGAUCAAAGUAACAAAGUUACCGGUGGCGGCAAAGAAACAGUUAGCUUACCGGCCGGUUUGAAUAAUCUUGACACAACGGGGAUUGACAACUCCGAGUUGGAAGAUCGUAGCAAGAAGUUGGCACAAGCGGAGAAUCAAGAGCUCAUGGAACAAGUGGUUACACAAACGAAGGAGAUUAACACUACACUUGCAUUGCAAUCCGACCUAUAUGCAAAGAUGCUUGGUGCGAGCAACUCCGUCGGUACAGACAGCAAAACGGCGAAUCCUCCAGAUACCUCAGAGACGGAGAUCGAAAAGGCUCAGAAAUUGAAAGCGGAAGAAGAUCAAUCAUCUGAGGAUCGGAGAGAGUAA